UCUCACAGCCACUGAACGCAGGGAGGGCCGCCUAGCCGCUAGUGCAACCAGUAACGUGGGAUACCAGCGGAAUAUUACGAUGGCCCGUCCAACGCACUUGAUACUCCUGUUCGUCAUGUUAGGCGUGGUGCACACUUCCCAGGGUCACGCGCGCUCCUUCACCAGGUGCCAGCUGUCCAGAGAACUGUUGCGGUACAACUUUCCUAGGAGCAUGAUACCCAAUUGGGUGUGCCUGAUCGAGCACGCGAGUGGAAGGACCACAGAUAAAGUCACAAACCACAACAACUCGUACAUAAGCUAUGGACUGUUUCAGAUCAAUAACAAGGAUUGGUGCAAGAAAGGCAGGAAAGGGGGACAUUGCAACAUUAAAUGUGAAGAUCUCCUGAACGAGGAUUUGGCAGAUGACGUCCGAUGCGCUAAGCGUAUCUAUGACCGCGUCGGAUUCAAGGCUUGGCCAACCUCCUUCUCUUAUUGCAAGGAGAACAGCCUUCCUGACCUGUCUAGAUGUUAAGGACCUGGUCCUAACAUUAGGACCAAUUGGUCCUUUUACCCGCGUGUUCUUUAGUUCAUAAGUCGUCAUUAGAGUAGUGUACUUUAGUAAGUUAAUGGCAGUUUUCCAUUUUUUUUUUAUUUCGACCAGUAGCAUUUUACUAAGAAGUUGGUAAGCGAUCUUUGAAAUAGGAAUUAUUGAAUAGGCCGGAAAAGUGCUCGGUAGUUGAUUUAUUUUUUAUGUUAGUGAUAUGAACUUUUUAUUAAAGCGAUGAGAUAAUAUAAUUUUAAUCACAUACCUACUGUUAGUUUAAAAAAAUAUGCUAACAUGAAAUUGAAAGAUACUCAGAAAUUAUGAAUUGUAACUAAUGGUAGGCCCAUUCAUCUAAAAUUGGUUGUAUUUUGACGCUUAACCAAAGGUUUAUAAUAUAUAUAAGCAAACAGUUUCCUUCACAUUCAAAUGUUACUCUUCGCUUUAAUGAGACAAAAAUAGAAUAAUUUUACUUUUACAGUAAGUCGUCAACCAUUUUACUUGAGAGAUGAGUUCAUAAUAUUUGCAUUAAUUAGCAUUGUGGUAACCUUAUAAGUUUCAUCAAUUACUAAAUCUAAUACUCGUAAACCCGAAAUUACUGAAUAUUACUUUGCAUUUUAAUAGAAUUAUGUAUUUAUGUAAAUUAGACUAAGAUACGCCUGAAGUUUUCUAUAUUUAUACUGAAGUAUCAUUUGCUGUAAUAAAGGUUAUUCUAAUUUCGCAUAAAA